AUGGCUACUUCUCUCAUCUUCCUCCUCCUCGUUACCUUAACCUUUUCAUCAUCAACCCUAAUCUCAGCCAAAUCCAACACAACCACAAUCGAAACAACUUGCAAGAACACAAAGUACUACAAAUUCUGUGUCUCAGCUCUCAGAUCCGACCCAAGAAGUCCCUCAGCCGACACAAAAGGUCUAGCCGCCAUUAUGAUCGGCGUUGGUAUGACAAACGCCACCGCAACCGCCACUUAUCUCGCUGGAAACCUAACAUCCACCGUUAAAGACACCGACACCAUCCUUAAAAAUGUCUUAAAAGAUUGCUCCGACAAGUAUAAACUCGCCGCUGAUUCUCUCCGGCUAACGAUUCAAGAUCUUGAAGACGAAGAUUUUGACUAUGCUUACAUGCAUGUGUUGGCGGCGGCGGAUUAUCCUAGUGUUUGCCGGAAUGUUUUCCGGCGAGUUAAAGGUUUGGCUUAUCCGGCGGAGAUUCGCCGGCGUGAAGUGAGUCUGAGACGUAUAUGUGGUGUUGUCUCCGGGAUUCUUGACCGGCUUGUUCAAUUAUCUUAA